AGCUGGAUGCUGCACCAUCCCAUCGCUGCAGCGGCCCGACCCUCGACAGCCUCGAGACUCAGCGCAGGACGACGUGAUGCUGCUGAUGCUGCUGCCGUCGGUCGCCAUCGAGACCAGCGCCCGCGCUUUCUCGAGGUGUUAUAUGGUCUGACAGUCAGGGGCGAUUCUCGUGCGGCGGCAGGAAGGAAUCAGUUUGUCGAGGACGGUGAGGCAGCGAGCGGCGAGCGGCAAGAGGGCAGGACAUUAGGGUCGAGUCGGUUUUACAGAUGGGUUUCUCGAUGAGGAUGGUUCUCGCGUCGGCUUUGUGGAGUUUGGUGCUGAUUUCCGCCUUGGUUGGGCCCGCGGCCGCGCACGGAGGGAAUGGGGACGGGCACGAGGAUGAGAAUCUGGAUUUACGGGCCAAGGAUUUGGUUUUGGUGAAGGUUUAUUGUUUGAUCAUCGUGUUUUUUGCCACGUUCAUUCCUGGAGUGUCGCCGUACUUUUUCCGCUGGAACCAGGCAUUUUUGGUUCUGGGAAUUCAGUUCGCUGGAGGGAUUUUUCUGGCCACGGCCAUGCUUCACUUUCUCAGCGACGCCAAUGAGACUUUCAAGGACCUUACGUCCAAGCCGUAUCCCUUCGCUUUCAUGCUCGCCUGCGUCGGGUACUUGAUCACCAAUUUUGCAGAUGUUUUGAUACAAUUCGUCUACGCUCGUCAACCUGUAACCAAUCACGCAACGGAUAUCGAAUGCACCCCAGGAGGUAAACCUUGCAAACCUGUCGGCUCGGACGGAAAGAGCUGCUGCGACGCUAGUCGCAAUGGUGCAGAAUGCAAGUGUCCAGAUGAAGUCCCAUAUACCAAAGAUGCGGGGAGUCUGGUCAAGGCAACCUUGAUUCCGAAAGUUUCCUUCGGAGACGCAGUGCUGUUGGUCUUUGCUUUAUGCUUCCACUCCAUUUUUGAAGGCAUUGCUAUUGGUGUAGCAGCGACGACAAAGGAUGCUUGGAGAUCACUCUGGACAAUUACGCUUCACAAAGUUUUUGCAGCUAUCGCCAUGGGCAUUGCGUUGCUAAGAAUUAUCCCAGACAGGCCGUUGUGGUCUUGUGCGGCUUACUCUUUCGCUUUCGCCAUCUCAAGUCCUAUCGGCGUGGCAAUCGGCAUCCUAAUCGACCAAACGUCGCAAGGAAAUACUGCAGAUUGGAUCUAUGCUGUCUCCAUGGGUUUUGCAGCAGGAGUGUUUAUUUACGUGGCCAUCAACCAUCUCCUCGCAAAGGGUUACACGCCUCCCUGUAAAAUUGGAGUAGAUCAACCAUUCUACAAAUUUUUGUUCGUUACAGUGGGGGUCGCCGUCAUGUCCGUAGUAAUGAUCUGGGAUUAAUGAGGAAAUUGUCUUCAAUGUGUUCCUGCUGCUGCAAAGUGGAGCACACAAUUGAUUAUGCACGAGUCGAUAACGUUUAUUCAUUGCCAGGUUCGCACAGAAACAUAUUAAAUGCUGUAAAAUUCGAGCCAGGAGCGUGUCUAAUGUGCUCAAAGAUUACUGCUACAGGAGUACAGUUGCGUUUUAUUUGCAUCCGCUACCCAGCUCAUCAGAAUUUAGGAGAAGUUGAAGUGCCUGCAACAACGUUGCUAACCAAGGCGAGGUAUACCUCUCGAGUCACAGAACUCUCUGUAACUUCAACGUCUGCAUACUUUACAAAUUGCAGGCCGAACUUUGGUUUCUGAUGUUGUUCACCUUGGAAGUUCCGCGGUUUCGCCUUUUCUGGUACAAUAUCAAUACUCAACACCCUUUGUCCAGUAAUAGGGGUAAAUCUAUACUUUUAGUUUUAGUCUGAGAAGAAAGUUAGUGCUGUUGUGGGCCACAGAAAAAAGCUGAAUGACCCAUACGUCAGUGUUUGUAAUUUAGUGACACUCUCGCCAAUGGCCCUCGUAAAAAAUUGGUAUUUCAAUAAAUAACUGCCAUAAUGUGUAACUUCGUUUUACGCUGGCCAAUACUGUUGACUGAAAUUCGAUUUUCAAGUUUUUCUUAUCUUGAGGGUAGAGGAUAAGAAAAAGGUUGAUUCAUGAGAAGAAAGAUGAUAGAUCCAUCUGAAGUAAUGAACCUAAAAAUGCGUGUGGUAGGUAGCCUUGCUCGAAGAGGAAUGCCGAUGAAAGUGGGUUAUGUGUUAUGUCAUCCACUUCUAAUUGAAAAUAUCUUCAGCGCAUGUUAUACGAAGUUUCGA